UCGUGCGAAAGUCGUCAAGCGGAAAAAACAGUAUUUGCCUUCUUUUCUUAAUUUGCUUCAACAAUUUUGUGAUUCUUAUACUUCGAAUGGAUCGCUUAAACAUAAACAGUCAGAUCGAGCAUCUACAAUCAAAAUACGUUGGUACUGGACAUGCAGAUACAAUUAAACAUGAGUGGGGCACAAAUCAAGCCCGAGAUUCAUUGGCCUCAUUUAUAGGACAUAAUACAUUACUAUCCUUCAUUUCUGUGGCAGAAAAUGAGUGCAAAGCAAGAGUUAAAGCAAACCUAUUAGAAAAAAUGUUGCAGCCUUGCGGUCCUCCACCUGAAAAGGAAGAACUUUGAUUGACACCUGCAGCUGUCAAUACGUAAACCUUUGUAAAUAGAUUUAUCACUAGCCAAGUCAAAUAAAUUCAUUGCUUUUUCUGCGUUGCU